CUCAAACCCUAAAAUCCAGCCGCCACUCUUCCUCUUCUCAUGCUCUCAGUUCCUCUCUCUUCCCCCCAACUCAUGGUGACUGUGGCCGAUCUAACCUGCCUCUUUGCCCAGCUCGCCACCAAUCUCCGGUGAUCUACCGCCUCAACCUCCACCAACCCCUCCUCCUCUUCCUAUCCGUCGAGCGCAAUCUCGUGUAUCGCCGCCUCUCUCAGCUCGCAAACCCCAGGAACUAGGGUUUUGGACGCCGCCCUCUCGCUCAUGUGCUUCAACUCUUCUCAGCUCAUAAUAUAGUUGAUCAAUAACUUCACAUCAGUGGAAGAUGUAGAAAAAACCAAUGUCAGGGAAUUGGAGAGUACAUUUGCACGUGCCAAGAAUUAAAGGAUAACUUUGCAAAUAUGAAAAUUGUGAGGAUUACAUAUGCAAAAACCCAAGAAGAAAAAAAAGGAAAAAUCCGCAUCUACCCUUGUUGAUCGGGCUUGGGUACAUAAGCCUUAGACCCGGUGCCGUUUGCUCCUCUCCACUUGCGCCUCCACCUCUCUCUACGGCUCUACCCUUCUCCAUCUCAAGCCUAGAAAAAACCCAAUUAAUGGAUCUUCACAUGCUUUCAGGUCUCAGAUCUGCCUCCAAAAUCUCUCUUACUUCCUUUCCUCAGAUAAAGCACAAGAAGAAUCAAUGGGCACCUCCAGUGUGGACUUCGAGCUCAUGCUCUUCUUCCCAAUUUGUUCGUCUUGUGGUCAAAUGCGGGGUUCGAUUUCGGCCUUGUAUUGAUAUACAUGAGGGAAAAGUCAAGCAAAUAGUUGGAUCCACACUUCAAGAUUCGGCUGAAGGCACUCUGGUAACCAAUUUUGAAUCAGAUAAAUCUCCAGCUGAAUAUGCAACUUUGUACAAGAAGGAUGAACUUGCUGGGGGUCAUGUGAUAAUGCUUGGUGCUGAUGCUGCAAGCAAAUGUGCAGCUAUUGAAGCCUUGCAUGCCUAUCCAGGGGGGAUGCAAGUUGGUGGUGGCAUCAAUGUCGACAACGCUCAGAGCUAUAUUGAGGAAGGAGCCAGUCAUGUGAUUGUAACAUCGUAUGUUUUCAAUGGUGGACAUAUGGACCUUGAACGACUUAAGCAGCUUGUUCAGUUGAUUGGGAAGAAUAGGCUCGUUUUGGAUCUUAGUUGCAGGAAGAAGAACUCUAGGUAUUUCAUUGUCACAGAUAGAUGGCAGAAGUUCAGUGAUGUAAUUCUAGACAAGACAAGUUUGACAUUCCUUGCUACAUUUGCUGAUGAGUUCUUAGUUCAUGGAGUUGAUGUAGAAGGGAAAAGGCUAGGAAUUGAUGAGAGGCUUGUGACUUUGCUUGGUCGCUACUCACCUAUACCAGUAACUUAUGCUGGUGGCGUGAAUUCAAUGGCUGAUAUGGAGAGGAUAAAGAAGGCGGGCAAGGGUAAUGUGGAUGUCACAGUAGGAAGCGCUCUCGAUAUAUUUGGUGGUGAUCUGUCUUAUAAAGAGGUUGUUUCUUGGCAUAAGGAACAAAAGUCAGCGAGACAAUAGCUUUUGUAUCCUCCCAUGAGUGCGAACGAAUGAUACGUCUAGAAUUACUUCCCAUCGAAUAGCAGCACUUGGUAGCUGAUAAAGCUUUGAUGUUUUGGUUAUUUGGAAAUUUUGGAUACUGCUUGUCAUGAAAGCACUAAAGGUUUGAUGUCUAAUGAUUCCAAUGUUUAUUAAUGUUAUGUUCGGAUAUUAACGUACAUUAGGAUAAAUUGCUGGUUUUGUCACAGGGAUGAUUAAGUUAUAUAAGAAUUUAAAUAUUUCCGACUUUCA